AUGUUCCGCCAUCACGACAUUACACUUCUCCAGGCAGUCGAGAUCGCCAGAGCAGCUGAGCUCUCUGAGCAAUCAACAGCAGAUUUGGAGAGGCUACAGCUGUCAACUAACCCGGCACCGGCCUCACAAGUGCAUGACAUUGACUAUGAUGAUUUUACACCUUGUGAGGUCCGGGAGCAAGACAACAUCGACCAAGUCCGUGCCCAACCACGGCGGAAGCCACCUGCUCUAUCUACAGCCGCACCGCAAAACGCCAGGGUGCCUUGCCUUAGCUGCGGAGGCCGCCACGACCGCCAAACUUGCCAAUUCAAAAACGCAAUCUGCCGCCGUUGUCAGAGGCAGGGGCACCUCGCCCAAGUGUGCCGAGCCUCUUUGCCGGCCCCUGCCUUCUUCCAAGCUACUGAGAGAACCAAGCAGCAACAGCGCCGCCAGCAGCCCACGAAACCAGCUCGCAGAGGAGAUGACUGCCACACUGUUUCCGAACCGCAGGAAGUGGAGACUUUCAUCAAUCAGGCCUCUUCAGGCAACCGCAAAAUUACAGCCAAUGUCCACCUGGCAGGUCAGCCUUGCCAGAUGGAGGUGGACUCUGGCUCCUCCCGAUCGUUAUUGUCAUGGGACAUGUUCUCCUAUCUCUGCCCUACAGUUUCCCAAAAUAAGUUAGCCCCCUCCCGGGUACUCUUAAGGGAUUACCAAGGAAAGUUGAUCCCUGUUCUGGGAUCCUUUCCUAUUCCCGUUAGGUAUGGCAAGUUUGAGGGAGAGCUGCCAAUCAUCAUUGUUAAAAAUGAUUUGCCGGCUCUUCUUGGCCUUGACUGGUUUGAGGCACUUGGACUGUCCAUUGGGGGGGUACACCAAGUAAAAACUUCAACAAUUGAGGACGUCCUACAGGAGUUCUCUGAUGUGUUUGAUGGACAGCUUGGGUGUUAUAAGGGAACCCCCAUCUCCCUUAGCUUAGAUCCUCAGAUUGCUCCUAUUAGGCUGAAAGCCCGCAGGGUGCCUUUUGCCUUAAGGGCCAAGGUUGACGCCGAACUUGACAAAUUGUUGGCGCAGGGUGUCAUCGAGCCAGUCGAUCAUGCUCCAUGGGAGACACCCAUAGUUCUUCCGGUCAAGCCGGAUGGCUCGGUGAGAAUCUGCGCCGACUACAAGUCGACGAUCAACUUGGCCCUUCAGGCAAACCCCUAUCCAGUCCCUGUAGUGCAACACCUGCUCCAUUCCUUGGGGCAGGGUUGCAUAUUUGCCAAACUGGAUAUGGCGCAAGCCUAUCAACAGCUCCCGGUGGAUGACGAUGCGGCGGCUGCCCAGACCAUCGUCACCCAUCGUGGGGCUUUUCGUUGUCGCCGCCUACAAUUCGGCGUAUCCGUGGCCCCGGGGAUCUUCCAAAGUCUCAUGGAGCGCCUGCUCCAUGGACUUCCGGGGGUAGUUCCAUAUUUCGAUGACGUUCUGAUCGCUGCUACGAGCCGCUCAGAACUCAUCGAUGUAUUGCGGAAGGUCCUCUGUCGUUUCAGGGGCGCGGGAUUAAAAUUAAAAAGCAGCAAAUGCUCAUUUGCUGUCCCUAGGGUAGAAUUCUUGGGCUUCUUAAUAGAUGCCCAAGGCAUUCACCCUACACCCUCUAAAAUUGCCGCCAUUAAGAACGGGAUGCCUCUGACGUUGGCGUGUGACGCCUCCCCAUUCGGAGUAGGGGCUGUCCUGAGCCAUAUCCUCCCUAAUGGCUCAGAAGCCCCUGUGGCCUUUUAUUCCCGGACACUCUCCUCGGCGGAGCGCAAUUACAGUCAGAUCGACAAGGAGGCUCUGGCUGCAGUGUCCGGGAUUAAGAGGUUCCACGACUACCUCUACGGUCGGCACUUUACCCUUGUCACCGACCAUAAGCCACUCCUUGGGCUUUUGGCGGGGGACAAGCCGACCCCCUCCAUCCUAUCUCCCCGCAUGACUCGCUGGACGGAGUUCCUCGCAGCGUAUUCUUAUACGCUGCUGUACCGUCCGGGCAAACAGUUAGGGCACGCAGAUGCAAGAGGAUGGCCAACGGACAAAGUGGCAGAGGGCUUCCAGCCCUUUAAACAUCGCCAGGCGGAGAUCUCCUUCCACGGGGGAUGUCUCAUCUGGGGGGAUCGGGUGCUGAUCCCCACCGCACUCCGGCCACUAGUUCUGGAUCUGCUCCACAAGGACCACCCGGGCAUAGCACGGAUGAAGGCAUUGGCCCGUAGCUAUGUCUGGUGGCCCUUGCUGGACACAGAGAUAGCGGCCCAUGUAGGCCGCUGCACGACCUGUCAAUUAUCCAGGCCCAACCCCCCAGCCGGGCCUGCUCGUGAGUGGGAGGCUCCGAGAGGCCCAUGGUCUCGCCUCCACAUCGAUUUCGCCGGUCCUUUCCACGGCCAGAAUUUCCUGGUAGUGGUGGAUGCCUACUCUCGGUGGGUGGAGCUAGUCCUCAUGGGCUCUACCACAGCCGAGAGUACGGUCAGGGCCCUGCGGAAAAUGUUCGCAACCCAUGGGUUGCCGGACGUGGUGGUCUCGGACAAUGGGCCCCAGUUCACAUCCACCACUUUCCAGGAGUUCUUGGCCGAGCAAGGGAUCCGGCAUGCGCCCAUAGCCCCGUAUCACCCGGCCAGCAAUGGCCGGGCA